AUGAAAGUCGACGUGACCCGUGUGAAAGACCUGACGGAUGCGGAAGUGUACGAGAUGGUGUACCAGCUAAAGCAGUGCAAUGAGAGCGAUCCAGCCGAGACGAGGCGGUUACUGCAAGACCAUCCGGAACUCGCGCGUGCUGUGGCCCAGGCACAACUGCGCCUUGGCAUGAUCAAAGAGGGCACGGCCGCUGGCUCUGCAUCGACUAAUACUAUUGGCGUAUCGAACGAUCUGAUGGAAAAGUUGGACUCGGAGCAGCAGGAGCUGCUGGAGCAAGUGCAAAACUUGGCGCCUGAGAUCAUUCAGUCGCUACCGCCCGAAGAACGUCGACAGAUCAUGGAGUUACGUGAAGCCAUGGGACUUCCGCCACUAUGA